GAUUAUGCGAGAUCUGAAGGGAGGACUGCAAGCCCUAGAUUUGUCCGCUGCAUCGCCAGGUGGUAUGACGUCCACUGCGGCUUUAGCUGUUUUAGGGAGCUUCUUGGAAACGUUUUACACCGCAAUUGUCGACGGCGUUCUGGGGAAGACAACGGAAGAACUGCCUAUCACAUUGAAAAAAAGAGCACGCCAUUCCGGUUGAAUUAAAUCGCACAAAAUCAUUGGUGCACGACGACUCUAUGGAAGCUAAGGUUGUGUGAUCUUGUUUCUCUCGCAUGUCCGAGUCCAUGUGUAAAAAAGCAUUCAAGAAUCAUGUUCUGGGUCCGAAACCGAAUCUGUGCACGACGUGACGUUCUGCCUUUUUUCUGCUCCGCCAUACUACGAAGAACAACGCUUAAUAUUAUCUCGGCGCCGUCUUCAGUGCAACAGGCAUUUUCUGACCUGAUCGCGGGUCUGCAGAAAGCUUCGGACGAACACAAACCAGAUUUUGUAUCCAGGCUGAUGCAAGGGUACGAAGAUCUUGUUACCGGGCGAGUGGAAAAUCGCAAGAAGGUGCUGGGUUGCUUUCUGAGCACGCGGAAUCAGAGCGGGAGGAAGUUUGUGUUCGCAGCAAGCUCUUUUUUCUCUUGUUUCGACGGUUCGUCGCUGGACCCAUUUCUCCAGCUCGCGCAAAAGGCUGGCGAAAGGGACACCUUCGGUUUGUUCGGACCGGAAGAGCACGCGCUGGCAUCUCACCAAGUCGUGCCCGUCGUCGUAACGCCUGUUUGCUCGAAUGGAGAGGACGAGGGAGUUGAACUUGAAGGAGAGCCAAAAUUUGAAGCAAACGGAAAAGGCGACGAGCCCCGCCAGGAGGAAAACGGGCAGCGUUUGGUGAGAAAACCCUGCCUGCUGGUGAAUAUACGCGUGUAUUGCCAGGCUGCAGUGCGAAAACUGCUCUGCCUGAGGCAGCAACAGGUGCAAGGAACAGCACGGGUAGUAGAGACGAGCAAGCAGCAGAGACACCAAGUAGACGUUGAAAGCAGAGACGGAAGGAACGGGGAGGUCGUGCCACCACAGGAGCAUGAUGAUCCGCUGUUGCCUCGCCCUGACACAGUUGUCAAACAGCAGGAGGGAGAUGGUCGUGGCCCGCUCCAGGAGCGCUUCGCAACUACAGGAUCAGCGACAGUGCCCGCACCGGGUCACAAUUCUAUCGUUGUUUCUUUUCUGUUGGAGGAGAACGGAAAAAUUGCAGAUGAUGGAAAGGCUACCACAAUUAUGCCGACUGCAGCACAACAAGAGGCGAACAGCGACUCGUUGCUGAAGCACUGCAAGAGCGUCGUGGCAAGAGAGUGGCGGCAGUUUGUUUCCUGUGAGGAGCUCUUGGGGCUCUCGUCUGACGAAAGAACAGCAGCUCGAGACGGUGGCGAUUUCUCUGGUCCCCCUGUUUCUGUUCCUGGCCCACUUCACACAGUAGCGCUAUCUGCGUCGCACUUCUUCGUCCAAAAUUGGGAAGUGGAGCUGCUAGAUCGCAUCGUGGGGGCUGAGGUCGCGAUCGUGCGGAAGUUGUGGGCGGAACCUCGAUUUGCACACAAAUUGGAUGAUGAAAGCGCCACCGGCGGCGCAGAUGAGCGGGUCCUUCUGUCCGACCGAUUCAUACAAAAGAGCAUAGUGUCCUCGGAGGAAGAGGGACGAUUUUGCGCCACCACGAGCGGUUUAUUAACAUGUUCGAAAAAGGUCCGUUCCUUCCUGCAUCUCCUGCGGUUUGCCCGGGAGAAAGCGGGGCGGGACGAGGUGCUGAGGCGGGAGGAAAGACAGGCGUUCGAAGAGGAGCGGCAGCUCGCUGUUUUCAUUGACGACGUAAUGCGACCGCCGGAGGUUGCGGUUGCCGGUGCGAGUGCGACUGCACCAGGCACAGGCCCUGUUGUCAGGGUGACAAAUUAUAGUACGGACGCUGCAGGUGGAGCAGGCACUGUCCAGCAACUGGCGACGCCGGUGAAGCAGGAAGUAAAGCUCCGGGGUGUCAACCACCCGCUGCAAGCGAGUAAGGGAAGCGCAUACAAUUCCCCCGAUUUGUCCUCGGAGCGGGAGGACACAAAUCCGCAUCCUUUGCUAUCCGUGCACAGAACAUGAACAUCGCACCAGCCUACAGAUACGCACCAGCGUUCAUCUACUUGAGCAGAUGUGCAGCUUGUAAUAGGGUUUGGUUCCACUUUAUUCGCUACCGUCGUGACAUGAAUCUGUGUGUUUUCCUUUAGAUGAACAUCAUCACAUCACUUGGUCUGUGGUGAUAAGCUAAACGUCUACAUGUAUAACAUGUGUAGAUGUAAGUACGAGCUCGGUACGUAGAGGUAGAGCUAGGGUGUUCUUGCAGCUGUUCUGAAUCUGGAUAACUUCCGACGCCAUCGCCCACGAAGACGAGACUGCGGAAGAAGCUGAGGCUGUCCUCCUCCUCUCCCCCAGAGCAGUUUGAGGAGGAGCUGGGUGCGCCGGCUUCCACGUUGCACACGCCACCGAGAGCGAACUUGUUUCCGGAAGAAGAUCCUAGGCAGGACGCGGUUCUUGGAACAAGUUCUGCGUCGUCUGCAACUACUAAGCUUGUCCCUGGUGCUCUUGCUUCAUCUCUUUAUGCGACCACGAACAGGCAGCCGCAGCUUCCCGCCCUUGUUCCGCAUGGACAACAAUUAUGCCCGACCACCAGAAAGGAGCCGAGUUUCAAAAUGGUUUCUUGUUGGGAGCUAGACUUCUGCGGUAGUUCAUCAACAUCACCGCUCCCCUCGCAGGUCGAGACGACCAACGGCAUUGGGGGGCUUUUCGGUAUGAAAGGAAAUAGUAGUACUAGAGGAGGACUGCGAGGAGGUGGACGGGGUAGUUUUCUGAACAAGAAUACCAGUUCAUCUAGUAGGACCACCACGGGGCCGACGGGUGAAGUAGUCCGUGUGACGGUAUGUGUCACGCACACGAGCUGCAAACCACGAAGCAGUCAACCAUUCCUUCGCACGAGCUUCUUCGAAUUUUGCUUCUAUUUUGCCAAGGAGCCGCCUGCGGGGGAUGUGCGAGGGAAUCGCUCGUCCCGGCUCCGUCCUCGAGACUUGGCUUGGUAUCAGGCUUUGGCGAAACACUUUGUCGAACCCUACCUAGAGCGAAUUGUGGACGUAUUCAUCUAAUCGGCAAUAUCCAUAUCGUGAUUUACUGCAAGAAUCGCGAUGUCGAUGCAGGAGACGAGAAACAUCGCGUAGGCAAGUAGAAGUAU